AGAGGAUUGUGGGAAAAAGAGCCAUAUUUUUCCUGUUCAAGCUAUUGGUUAGACUUUGUAACUGAUAAUGUGGAAUAGAAAUAAUCGACGGAGUUAGACAAUCGCUGUCAUCCUGUUAUAUGUAUGGGAAGCAUGUGUUUAGCGCCAAGUGUAGUGUUCCAAGAUUUUGGAUAAAUUGAUCCAAUAUUGUGCAAUUAUGAUUCAAACAAAUUGACCUUCCUCGUCCGAGGGUCACAGGUGCGAUAGUCAUUGGUCGAGUGAUACAAGUACGUCAAGCCUAAGGCUAUGGACAACACAGAAGCAAUGGAGUUGGUGUUUACGUCUUCAUUACUCAAAAAAUUGAUUACCUCCUUUUUUAGGUCGCAACAGUACUUACAAGACGUUUGCAUUCCUAAAUGAGAGAGAGUUUGUUCGCACAGCUAUCAUGUUAAGAAAACGCAACGUCUGCUUUUGUAUAUGGAUUUCUAAUGUCACUUAAAGGAGAUCAGAUCUUUAGCUUGAAAGGAAGCUAAAAUGGCAUCUUUUAACCAAGAUGCCAGGACAAACACUCUUGUCUUGAAUGCUCCUUUUCAGGCACAGGAGAAUUUAGCAGUUGCUGGCUCACUUGACAUCAGAGCCAUUGCAAAACCCAAUUCAGCAGGUGAACAAAGCACAUCAGCUGUGAACAUCACCCUGUCUUCAGAACCUGCAAAACAACUUCCAAGCACAUCACACAACAUCGCCAUGUGUGCUCCAAGUAACGAACCAAGCCCAGAUCCAAAUAAAUUUUCUGGUGGAUACAAUUGUGUUACGUAUUCAACUUCUGGGCAAAUGGAUGUUUUUCCCCCAUGUGAUAAAAAGGUGUUUCCAAGCAUUCAGAAGUUUCCUGAGAUGGGCUCUGUCCUGUCUGUUCAGCACAGUGAGACUUUCAUAACUGUUCCUUUUGGAUGGAAACGGGUGAUAUCAAGUGGAAAAGUGAUUUAUAUCAGUCCAAGUGAAAUCUAUCUGCAUUCUCUCCAAGAAGUAGCAGUAUACCUCCAGACAGAAGGUACCUGUAAAUGUGGUCUUGAAUGCCCUUUGAUGCUAAAUAAAGUAUUUAAUUUUAACCCUAUGACACCCACCAAAUGCUGGAAUGUAAAUGAUCUGUCUUGGAAUGAUCCAACAAAAUUGUGCAAUCACAAACGGAAAAUUGCUGCUAUGGCAACAUUUCACAGUAGCACAAUACCUCUAUCAUCUCUGAAUACCAAUAGAGAACCUAGCUCCUUGGUGACUCAACCUACUACAAAAAAAGAAGCCUGCCUUACUAGUAAGAGAAAACGGCUGAAAGGAAAAAAUCGCAGUCCAUUUGACAGUGUACUUGUGUCUCAACUUCUUGCACAGCGAGACAAAAUGGGGCAAAAGAAAGAAAAACCUGGUGCUACCAAAAGCUGUUAUCUUGAUGGUUCAGGUCAGCAGAUGAAAAUUCAAAACACUCUUAAAACAGAAGCUGGUCCUUUAUCUCGGUGUUCACCUCUUGACCAGAGGAAGGGUCCCACUAAAACCAUGGGAUUUGUCUUGGAAGAACAAAAUUUGCCAGUUAUCAAUAAAUUGAAUACUGCUGCCAGCUUCAACAGUUUACAUCCCCUGAACCAAAACUUUUUUGUACCUGAAAAUGCUUUCCAAGACAAAAAGGUUCAAGGAUGCCUUCAGCCUUUCCAGCAAUGUCCCCAAGAUGGCAAUACACCUUCUGUUAUGUUUCAUAAACAUAUGAAUCCAUCUCUACAUCUAAUGCAAGAUCAGAUUGUGACUCGCAACACAGAUGCAGUUUACACAGACAGAGUUCCUCCUCUGCCUUCAAUAGAUCACCAAGCAUAUGGGCAGGCUAUACACCAAGGAAUGUUCAAUCCUCAACAGUUCUUGCACAACAACAGCAUUCCUGCCAAUAUUACAUUGAACUGUAACUUCUCUGCUACCAAUGUCAAUGGCCAAGUGUUUAACACUUCACUUCCAGUCAACCAAUGUAUAGAUAUGAAUUCACACUCUCAGACUACUGCAGAUAUUGUCACAGCAGUCUCACAAUCAUCAACUCCCGGUGCGUUUAUUUUUCCUACUGACCUCCAGAAUCAUGGUGGUCAGCAUAUUAGUAGCAGUGUUAUGUCAAAUUUAAUGAAUCCUAGUUGUGGACAGAGCUUUAAUACUUCAUCACAAGAUACGCAGCAACCAGUGUCUUCCGUCGCCAUGAAUUCUCCACGACAUGUACCAUCUAAGGACGAUUCUCCUGUAACUUCCCGUCAAAAGUCUAAAAAAACCAGCAAAUCUAAAGCCACAAAACUUAAUUCAGUCUUGGACCGAGGCUCUCCAUGUCCGAAUAUUGAUGUUCGCCAGAUUCCAUCUGAGCAUCACCGUCCACCACCAGAAGCGUUUGCCACUAUUACGAGCUCUUCGGUGGGGCCUAUGCAGAAUUCCAACUAUCAGGCAAUUACUGGAGCUAAUAUGCCUUUUCCCGCCGACAUGGGUUUAUCAUACAUGAAUAAACCUUUACUUUCUGUUACUAACCAAAGUAUGCCUUUUCGAACUCAGUCACAUAAUGGCACAACUUUCUAUGAUGCAAGCAAGAUGCCUGAUUCAACUGGUUCCAAUAACAGCUCUCCAUUCCCUGUAUGUCCAAAUGGGAAUAAAAAUUCAUUUCAAUAUCAAGAACCUAAUCAGUUUUCUCAAACCAGUAAUUCUCAUCCCACCUUUGAAAAUAAUAGGGAUCAGAAUAAAAUGCAUAAUCAGGCAGUUACUGGUAAGCCUAAUCAGUCAGUUUCCAGUAGCCAAAUUCAAAUAGUAACAUCAACGAGCAAGCAGAACUCUAAAACGAGCUGUGUAAAUUUUCUGGAAAAUUCUCCAGUUGAAUCUAUUAAUUCCUCUGAAAAUGCAGAAGAUAGAAAUUGCAAUUCUUCAAAAAGCUUAAUGAAUCCUGAAUCUAGAAUAUCUGAUAUGCCAUCAUCUAUAUGCAUGUCAAUCAGCAAUAGUAGCAGCACCUGUCCCACUUCUACAAUACUUUCUGUUGCACUUAGUAAUUCCUCACCCAAUACUGUAAAUGUUUUAACAAGUACAAACUCGUUUUAUAAUCCUUCUUCACAGUCCAAUGUAAUCAAUCUUCCAAUGAGUUGUGCAACACCUCAGAAUCACAUCAACAAUAUGCAUACUGUUAUUUCUAAUCAAGGGUUGACAUCUACCUCUCAGCAAUUAAGACAAAAUAUUUCUGUGACUCAGCAACCUAUUAUAUUUAAUAGUGCUUUGCAAAAUUCCAACAAUAAUCCUAGACAAGAUCAGCCGACAAACUUUUUUAUGCAAAAUCCAAACACUGGAAAUUUAGAGGGAAUGACUGGCUUACGGCCAUCUUUAGUUCAACAAGACAGCUCUAGUAUGCUUGUUCAGCAAGUACUAAGCCAGAAAAUAACAUCUGAUUAUUCAGGUGCCAAUAUAUUCUCUUCUACAGCCAGAGCACAAGUUGUUCAACAGGUUGGUGGGAUGGUGAUUCCAGCAUCAGCUGCAAAUUCGGGUGUCAAUUCCCAACAGCUAGUAUUGGCUCCAACUCAGAUGCGAAUGUCUGGCUCUGGAGGUUUGAUAACUAUGUUGCCUCCUACUAUGACAAGUAAUGGUAUGAUGAAUGGUACACAAGUUUUAGCUGCGUCCGCACAACAGAUUGGACCACAGAUGGUUCUUUCUGAUAACAUACGACCAAAUAUAGUCAACCAACAACAAAUUCUUCAAAAUAAUUGUUUUAUUAUGAGUAACCAGCCAACUUUUGUAACAAGACCUCCUAAUUCAAAUUUGGUGAGUUCUCAAGUUCCAUGCCCCACUAGCGUAUCCUUAACAUUUUCUAAUGGUACUUAUGGUACUUCUCAAAAUAAUACAUCUAUUAUAAUGAAUAAAGCACAAGACAGAAAUGAUUUAACCCCUCAACAUAUGAGCAAUGAUAUGUCUCUUCAAAAUGGUAAGGAUAAUUCUUUUGCAACUGGAGUUCAUGUCCUGCAUUCUACCCAGCAAAGACUUAUUGGACAAAAAUUAGAUGGUUCUGAUAUGGUGCAAGAUAACUGGUUUCAGAAAUCAGACUUUAAAAACAAUGGCAAUGAAGGAGUUAAUCAAGUUGCUGGUACUUUUCUAAGCAAUGUAUCAACAUCUCGGUCUAAUUCAGUGCCUUCAAAUCUAGCUGGCAAUGCCAUGAUAUCAAAUUGUGGUCAAGUACUCAUUAAUGGAGAUAAUAAUUGUGUACAUCCACAACAAGUUGGAGCAUCCAAUAUUUCUAGAAUGACAAAUGUCAUCCCUAUUGUAGGUGGACAGUGUGCAUUAAAUUCUCCCAUGCCACCCUUAUCAGUACCCAAUGUAACAGCUGUCACUACCACUAUGACUCAGAUGAUUCCUGCAAUAGGCAUUGCACCACAAAUAUUAGGUCAGCCAGUUCAACCCAUGGUCCAAGUAAUUAAUACUGUUCCCUUUAACUCUAUGCAAAAUGCUGUUAUUGUUCCUGGUGGUUCCAACGUAUUGUCACAGACUGUGCGUCUUGAUGCUUUGCAAACAUCGCCAGUUGUCGGAACUCCUGCUCCAACAGUUUUCAAUGGUGUUGUAUUACCACCAAAUACAAUGAACUGUGUUCCUUCACAAGCCAAUAAUUUGAGACCACCACAUCCUGGAAAUCAUAAUGAAGAAAUCCGAAUGACUUUUGAUAGUAUGCAUGAUUCAAGAACUGGUUCCAGUUCUUCAUGCAGCACACCAGCUUCUAGCUGCAGUUCUACCCCAGUUUCUUCUAGCAAUGAUACGCAUAACAUAACUUAUCGUGCAUUAUCACCUGCUAUUCGAAAAAGAAGCCGGGAUGGAAAGCGCAAAGCCAAUAGUCAGACAGUAGCAUCUAUGUUGCAGCAUGGAACACAUAAUUUAUCACUAACAAAUACAGCUAAUUCUAAUGCUGGUUCACAACAACAUAUUCAGCAACAACAGAAUGCAGCUCAGUUACCAUCAAUACAGCAACAGUUCCUGCAGCAGCCUAUGUUACAGACUCUAACCGUCCUACCCCAACAAUCAAGACCCCUUUUACAACAACCAGUGAUGAACUACAACAGCAUUGGGUCUGUUGGCGGUCAUCAAAUCUUAACAACAGGUAUCACAAGUCCUUUGGGUAUUGUUCAGCCCUUAAGCAUGCUGGGAGUCACUCCUACUGGAGCUGUCAUACAAAACAUCCCCGUUCAGCAAGUAGUUCCAGGACCUCAUUUUCAGUCUUUAACAGUACUACAAGGUCCUCAUACUGUUAACUCGCUUCCUCAGGAACAGCCUAUGGUAGUUAAUGACACCUCUUCUAUGGGUGUCCAUCCUACUCAGAUGCACAGUGCCUUUGCUGCUGGUUCAAUUGUUCCUAAUAUGGUUGCUGCCAACCCAGUGAUAAAUACGCAUGUGGCUGGAACAGAAGUUCUAGUCACUGCUACUUCUCAGUCUCACACCAUGACUGAAAAUGCAAACCAAUCAUCAGUUCCAACGCAAUUCUCUUCAAUUUUUCAGCAAUCAAUUCCACCUGUGGCCCAGUCACUCUCAUCUACUACAUGCCCAGGUAAUGUGAAAGUGUGUCGAUCUGGCGGAACAAGCUCCAGCUCCUUUCAAAUGUCUACUUCCACUUCCUACCAGCCUUCCACCUCAGCCUAUCCGAUCCUAGGGUCAGAAAUAAAGGGAGAAAUUUCUACAACCAAAACCACUACUUUCUUCACAGAACCUAGCCACAAAGCUAGAAGCAUAGGAGUUCAGAGUAGCUGUACUGAACAUAAUGCAUCUGUACAGACUGUAACUUCUACAGUACCGGUGAAUAAUUCCAAUUUGACAAGCUCUCCUGAGGAUAGCCAGAAUACAAAAUGUAGUCUGCAGGAUGGUUGUAUGGAGGAUGUCAAGUCGAAAUUUGACGGGGAGAAUAGCAGCACACUUUUAUCAUCUGGGGGAGAAUCAUGCGAAUCCCCAUGGCCUGAUCCUGUUAACUUGUCAGCAGCUGUGAGAGCUGUUGUUCAAGAACAGGUUGAUAGUAAUGAAGAGAUAAUUUCACAUCCCAUAAGCAGCACAAGUCAGAUGGUGAAUUUUUUAGAUUGUAGCUCGAUUCACGGAGAAGUGUCGGAGCAGACUCCCAGCUCCUCAGGAGAGGAUAUCAUCGAGGAGAGCAACGAUGGUAACUCUAUACUUGAUCUACGCACAAUGUCCGGAGAGACUUGUCCUGAUCCGGAUGUUACUGAAGAGAAUAACUGUGAAACUCAGGAAAAGACUGUCCAGGAUAUUCUCCAAUUGAAUAAGUGGACUGCUGAACAUCUGCAAUCCGAAAAUCAGCGUGAUUCAAGUGUGGCGGAGAGCACUUCAACAGCUUCCUCCGAGAGCUCAGAGCCCUCUAGUACAGACUGUAAUGUGACGAGUGACUCGGGUGUUGAAUCGAGCCAAGAACCUAUGAACCUAGCAUGUAUUCGUGAUGAUAAUGUUACUACUGAAUUAGCUGAUUCAGUUUGUGAGCAGAAUGCUGUGGGAAUUGUGACUUCAUACAGUGAUGAACAUACUGUAAAAACAGACGAAAAGCUUACAAAAAAAAGAGGAUUGAAAAGAUUAAGAAGGGAAGUUGAAAUGCCUUUUGAAGAAUUGCACGAGGAGGAUUCGGAUGAUGGUACUUUAUCACCGCCCUUGCCCCCACAGCCUCGCACAUUUAAUGAUGGUGAUUUGGUUUGGGGACAAAUCCGUGGCUUUCCAUCCUGGCCAGGAAAACUGGUACGAGAAGAUGAAGUCAAAGGUUCCCACAAAUCUGAAGAUGGAAAACUUUGGGUUAGAUGGUUUGGUGAUCAUACUUUUACUCAGGUGGAUCCAGAAAAACUCAAAACCCUUUCAGAAGGUUUAGAGGCACACCAUCGGGCUAGAAAACGACAUAGGCGGGGGCGCAAAAUGAAUACUCAAUUGGAGAAUGCUAUUCAAGAAGCAAUGAUGGAGCUUGACCGACAGUCUGCUGAUAUGCUGACUGACGACCUUGAAGUAGACCUUGAUCUUGCAGAAAGUGAAGUGGCCAUGACUGAGUGUCUGUCCCCUCUCACUUCUAGGACAAGCAGGGCACGGGGAGGUUACAAGCGCAGAUAACAGUGACCAUCCCUGAUGUAUAAAUAUUGUGUUGUGUAUAUUAUUUGUGUAUGUCGAUUCAGGAAAAAAUUUCCUAUUACCUGUGAAAAAAAUUAUAUUAUGCUAUAUCGUUGAAGCUUGUAGUUUUCAGCUAAAUCAUGUGUACAAAAAUCUGUGGAAAAAAAAUUUUUUGAACUCUCCAAUGAAUCUGCUUGGACACAAAUCUUGUGAGGACAUGCAGAAUCAUUCUGCAAGAGAGUCAGAACUGUGUGAAAAUAAAUAAAAUCUUUAUACCUGAAAUGAGCUAUAAAGUGGCUUGUUUUUUUUAUCGACCAUUGUAAAUGUUUAAAUGAAAAAAAAAAUUUGUGAAAAAGUUGUUUCUGUUUUCUAAUGCCUCAGCAUAAAAGUGAUGCGUCCACGCUCAAUGUAGUCUGUUUCUCUCCUUAUGGAUUUGGUUGUUAUCGCAUGAUUUGUUGUGUGUGCAUGUGCUUUGUGCACUCCGUUUUUAGCAAAAAUGUUCUUUAAGAGAUUAAAAUCUUAUGCACAUUGAUGAA